GAACAACAAAAAAAAAAAGACAGUGUACAGUAUACUAGUCUACACAGCCUCGUGUCACUGUGUUAAUGUACACCAGCCGUGUGCCUGAUGGAGUCCAAAGUGAAAAACAGAAACCAGACCAGACACCAAGAAGGUCAGUGCACUUCAAUUCCUCCUCCACAGUUGGGGACACUUAAACUAGUGGCUGGAAAUGGGACCAGUGUUGGCACAGUGAUGACCUUAAUUUGCCCUCUUAAUCAUCGUGCCAUCAGCGGUGGCCGGAUUACCUGUGUGCAGGAAAGUAACAUCACAGAAUGGAGCGGGGGUAUCCCAGCAUGUAGAUCGGUCACACAUAUAGAAGGCUUCCGUCUGGCUUUGUUACUGUCCAUCGUCAGCACAGCCAUCAUAAUGUUGAUGAGCAUAAUGUUCAUCACUUCAUGGUUGCUGGAGCGUUUGAAGAAGGAGGAACUGAGGCGACUAGAAAGGGAAAGGAAGGAGGAAUCUGAAAGACUUUGGCACCAAGUAAAUGCAGAGGAUCAGAGAGAAUAUUUCUAUGCUCAUGAUAGCAAUAUCAACAACAACAGCAAUAGACAAGCGCAACAUCCCAGGUGUCAUAAGAAAAACUACCCUGACCCUUUACCCAUCCACCACUCACAGCAUACUCUAUCACAAAUGCCCCCCCUACCUCCCUGUGUUUAACCAGACACAUUAAUUGUACAUUACAACCACAAAAUUUCAUCACACUUUCCUCUUGUUCUCUGUGGUGAGAUUUGACUCUAACUUGGAACAAUCACCAUGGAACUGAGCCAAACCGACAGCAUCAGGCACACAGGAGGGUCAGGUCUCUACUGAGACUGGGAAGACACUGGAGGAGCCACUUUGAAAAGGAUAACGCCCACGUUCCCCACAAAUCUGGGCUGUAUCAGCAUAAAGAUUGUUCUACAGCAAUUAUUGAUGAACCAGAUUUAUACUUUAUACACAACAACAAGAAGGACAACCUGAAAAAAAUCCAAUUAUCAGAAAAUUUUACAUUAGCUGCCACCAAUUUUACCUACUAUAUAACCACAAUUAUUAACAUUUUACUUAUAUGUUUUUGUACUGAACUUUAUUUUAAGAAACAUUUCAAUGUACUCUUAUACAUAAAGUAUACUUCUAAAUAUCA